GCAGGCACGUUCCGAAACGCUGCUGGGGCGGCGGCGGCGGCGGCGGUGGCGGCAAAGGAUGCACCCGGCAGGCUUGGCGGCAGCGGCGGGGACGCCCCGGCUGCGUAAGUGGCCCUCCAAGCGAAGGGUCCCAGUGUCCCAACCGGGCAUGGCUGACCCCCACCAGCUUUUUGAUGACACAAGUUCUUCCCAGAGCAGAGGCUAUGGGGCCCCGCGGGCACCUGGAGGCCUGGGCUACCCUGCUGCCUCAGUGUCGCCCCAGCCCACCUUCCUGGCGGACCCUGUGUCCAACAUGGCCAUGGUCUACGGGAGCAGCCUGGCAGCACAGGGCAAGGAGCUAGUGGACAAGAAUAUUGACCGCUUUAUCCCUGUCACCAAGCUCAAGUAUUACUUCGCUGUGGACACUAUGUAUGUAGGCAAAAAGCUGGGCCUGCUCGUCUUCCCCUACCUGCACCAGGACUGGGAGGUACAGUACCAGCAGGACACCCCAGUGGCCCCACGCUUUGAUGUCAACGCUCCAGACCUCUACAUUCCAGCGAUGGCUUUCAUUACCUACAUCUUGGUAGCUGGCCUUGCACUAGGGACCCAGGACAGGUUCUCCCCCGACCUCCUGGGGCUACAGGCAAGCUCCGCGCUGGCCUGGCUCACCGUGGAAGUCCUGGCCAUCCUGCUCAGCCUCUACCUGGUCACUGUCAACACUGACCUCACCACCAUCGACCUGGUGGCCUUCUUAGGCUAUAAAUAUGUUGGGAUGAUUGGUGGGGUCCUCAUGGGCCUACUCUUCGGGAAGAUUGGCUACUACCUGGUGCUGGGCUGGUGCUGCGUGUCCAUCUUUGUGUUCAUGAUCCGGACGCUGCGGCUGAAGAUCCUGGCCGAGGCCGCGGCAGAAGGGGUGCCUGUGCGCGGGGCGCGGAACCAGCUGCGCAUGUACCUGACCAUGGCGGUGGCGGCGGCGCAGCCCCUGCUGAUGUACUGGCUCACCUUCCACCUGGUGCGGUGAGAGGCCCCGCCCCCAGCCGCCGCCCGCAGACUCAUCUCGCCCGCCCGGGCCGCCCGCAUCCCGCGACCCCCUCCCCGCCAAGGUGCUGACGUCUGUCUCCAGCUGCACAGCGGAAACAAUAAACCUGA